AUGGGCGCCAUUCAACGGUUUCUGAACAACACAACAGCCCACGGACUGCCGCGAAUCUCGAAAGCGAGAAAUCAGAUGGGAAGAGUGUUCUGGGUGUUUGUAUGGCUCGGAUUCUUCUCCGUUUUCUGCUACCAAGUAUGAACAAGUUUCGGGCUAUUCAGGACGAAUGAGUCAAAAAUGUAUUGCUUUUCGAGUUACAGAGAACAGAAAAAAUAGCUAAUUACGUGAAAUGGGGAAAGAAAACGUCAUUCCUCUUUUUCAGGCGGUCCAACUUUACACCAAGUUCCACCAGAAGCACCCAUCGACAAAUGUGAAGGUUUGUGGAGAGAAAGAAGGGUUCUCGAAACGACCGAAAUGUCCGUGA